AUGACUAACCACAUUGGCGGGCCUUCACUCUCUCAGGCCCGCAAAACCCAGAAUAUCGACCAUUCCCAUACAGGCUCCAGCGCUGGGCACAACCACCGCCAUUUGCACCACCAACACAACCAACAAGGCCAGCUCCGUCCGGAAGAGGAACUUGAUCAAACUCCUAACCAACACCAACACCACAUACACAACCACAACCACGCUCACUACCACCACCAAUCCUCCGGACAACAAGCACAGGAACCAUCACAUGAAGACGGCGACAACACCACUCUCCAGGACCACAAACAUCUCGACAUUCGUUCAUCUCCAGAUACGCACCAACAACCCGAACCACUAAAUGCACGUCAAGUGUUAGUGGUCCAAACUGUGUCCGUCAUCAAGAUCAUAGAUGACGCCGGUGCUCUCGUCCACUUCUCGACUCUGGCAUCCGAACCUGUUACACAGUCAUCCGACCCUGUGGCCGUGCUAACUGCCGAGGUCAGAGAUCUGGGUAGCCAGUUGCCCACCGUGCCCGUCUCAGUUCCGCAACUUGGCGAUGGGACACCGUCGCCAACUGCCUCCGUCGACACGGAGUCGUCUGUAACGUCCGCUAUUUUGUCUCUGUCCUCCGGCGUGGCUGCGCCGGGGGCCUUGACGUCCGCUCCUUUCAACAGCUCGUCCGCAUCUUACCAUGAUGGCACCUCGAGCUUCCCCACACUAUCGCUAUCCUCCGGACUUUUCAACUCUUCUUCAACUCGCAUCCCAUCGUUUUAUCCCAACGGCACGCAUGUAUCCCAUUCCUUGUUCGCAAACACGACCCGAACAUCAACCUUUGCAAGUUCGACAUCCACCUUCGCUUCUUCCACCAAAAGCCGAGCUUCAACCACUCAAUUCACGUCUAUCUCGUCAGGUGUGCCGACUCUCGUAGCAGGUGGGACCGAAGAAGGCAACAGCGGCAAUGCGGGAGCUGGUGGCGAAUCCGCAAGCCCCGCCGGAACGACCGACUCCCCGUAUGUCGACCCCGACAACACGGACAACAACUCCAGCGGACUUACGCCCACCGCUCAGCGAUCCAUCAUUGGAGGUGUCGUAGGCGGGGCUGCGGGCAUGGCCCUUAUUGCGUUCCUGUUAUUAUUCCUUUUAAAAUGGAAGAAGCGAAACGGCGGCGGCAACAUCCGAUUGCUGGGCGAAGGUGGAAGCCUGGCGGCCGCAGCCCGGAAACGGGGCGGACAUGAGCAUGGAGGAGGAGCUCUGGAAGGAGGAGAAGGAGGAGGCGGUAGUGGUGGAGGCGGUGGAGGAACUGGAGGAAGAGGAGGAGGAGGAGGAGGAGGAGGAGGAAUGACAGAAAGCGGUCUUCCAUACGCAGUCCCGUCUGCUCUUGCCAGUCUUACGGGGGCCAAGCGAUUCUCGGCCGCGUCAACUGAGCCUCCGGCCUCAGAACCGGGUUUUUACCGGGUAUCAGGCAAGAAGCUGAUAUCCGUUUUAGAAUCUGGGGGAGAUGGGUACAGCGACCCGGAUCCUCACGAGAGCGUCUACUAUCGGGAUUCCGUAGCGUUCACCGAUGGGACGACGGGCGCCCUUGACCUCGGUGGGCAGCGGCUCAAACUCGGGUCCCCGAUGCGGCCCAUAAGCGGCGUUCCCGUCUUUAGGUCAGGACCGGGGAGGACCGCGAUUGUUCAGCAGGAUGGAGGAUCAACGGGAGCAAGAGCAACAAGCCCCUUUUCAGAUGACACGCACCCGGUAACGCCGGCGUCACCGAUUGGCAGUCAUGGACCUCCAAGUCCGCCCGCACGUGCUUCUUUAUUGCCAGACCCGAUCGGUCGGAGUCUGGUAUCCCGGGAUGGGUCCCGAGGAUCUGGGUCAAGAUUUACUGAGGAUAUGUGA